AUGUCGAUUCCCAUCGUAUGGCACGGUUUAUGUGGGUGGGGUCGUAUACUGAAGCCAGGUCCAAGACCAGAUACAGUUCACCCUGCACCAGAUCGUAUACUGAAGCCAGGUCCAAGACAAGAUACAGUUCACCCUGCACCAGAUCGUAUACUGAAGCCAGGUCCAAGACAAGAUACAGUUCACCCUGCACCAGAUCGUAUACUGAAGCCAGGUCCAAGACAAGAUACAGUUCGCCCUGCACCAGAUCGUAUACUGAAGCCAGGUCCAAGACCAGAUACAGUUCGCCCUGCACCAGAUCGUAUACUGAAGCCAGGUCCAAGACCAGUUACAGUUCACCCUGCACCAGAUAGUAUACUGAAGCCAGGUCCAAGACCAGAUACAGUUCGCCCUGCACCAGAUAGUAUACUGAAAUAUUUAUAG